GCGAUCCAUAGCAGCAAAUGCUACGAUGGCAGCGCAAAAAUCUCCAAAAAUCGAGGCCCAGGUCGUAGAAGCAAUUCGUAGGCUGCAGGCCAUUCAAGGAUCAACUCCACAGGAAAUCAGUAAUUACAUUGCUCAAGAAUAUAAUAUUCCUGGCUCUGAGAUUAGGCGUCACGUUCAACUUGCCCUGAGGCGUGGCGUGACUUAUGGUAUUCUUCAGCGUUUGAAGGGCGGAUGCUACACGUACAAUCACGACUACAUGUACAAUCAAUGCAUGAACAGCGGCGACGCCACUGCUGUCGACAUUCGUUGCAGACGAAAAAGACGAUCUAGCCGGAGAAGAAGCUCGAGGAGAUACGGUAGAAGGAGGUACAAGAGUCGUGGAUCUCGACGUAGAUCCCGUAGAAGGAGAUCGCGAGGAAGGCGAAGAAAAUCGUCGAGGAGACGAAGGCGGAGGGAAGAAUUUCCAAAGGAAAUCGACGCGCUAAAGAUGACCACCGUGACCAAACAAUCGUCGAAAAGCAGCAACCUCUUACCGAAGGAUGGUCCACGAAGCAAUCAUUCUACCAUCUCUGGAAACUCCGAAGAGAAGCAAGAGUAACCAUCCAAACGGAUAUCCUUCGCUUUUACGAUCGACUCGAGAAGCAAAGAUUGACUCAAGAACAAGAAUACAGAUGCAAGUGAAAUGCACACGCUAUUUGCCUGAAUCCAUUCGAAUGCAUUUCCCUUUUUAAACACUUUUUUA